GGAUGACGUCGCGUUUCCGUAACACACCGGCGGAAGCUUCCGAAUCCACCUGUUGGGCUGCGACGGGAAAAUCGGGAGCGUAGAAGAAGUUAUCCAAAAAAAUAACUUAUAAAGCUAUUGCGUACCUAGUAGGAUUUAGUUUGCCCUGUUUUCAUGGACAAACUAAAGAAAGUACUAAGUGGUCAAGACGACGACACCACUGUAUUGCAGGCGGUGAAUGAAGCCUCCAGUUUAUCCUGGGGGACGCGGAUGAAGGGCUUCGUCGCCUGCUUCGUCCUCGGUGUGGUGUGUUCAGUGCUGGGAGUAUGUUUGCUGUGGCUGCCGAAAAUUGGAUUGAUACUGUUCAUCGUUUUUUACACAUUUGGCAACAUUACCUCUCUGUUAAGCACCAUGUUCUUGAUGGGGCCGCUAAGGCAGCUGAAGCGGAUGUGUGACAAAACUCGUGUGGUGGCCACCAUCUUGUUGCUGACAUUUCUUGGAUUGACACUCUGCUCUGCCUUUUGGUGGAAGAACAACGGCCUUGCUUUGCUGUUUUGUAUUUUGCAGUUCUUAGCCUUCGCUUGGUAUGGCCUGUCAUAUAUUCCAUUUGCAAGAGAUGCGAUGAUCAAACUCUUCUCCCUGUGCGUGAAGUAAGGAGCCUCUAUGUGGCUGCCCCCCCGCCCUGCCCCGCAGCCUGGUGACCCUGGCCCCCCGCACACAGCCCCUUCCUCCUGGCCCCACCCCCUCUCUCAGCCCCACACGCUGGUCCCCUGCUUCCUGGCAGAAGCCGCAUCGCAGGUGCUCACUCCAUCCCGGUUGACCGGCACUGCGCAGUGGAAAGGCACUGAAGUAUCCCUCAGCAUUUACAGACUUGAACGCCUUCCAAAACACAAAUGCCUGGACCAUUUAAAAGAGUGGUUAUUUUUGCAAAAACCUAUUAUUAAAUGCUGUUUUUUAGUGCAGCACACCAGGGUUUUGUAAAACUGAGAAUCACGGUUCUUUAUUGAAUAAAUUUCCUUUUUUUACAUGUUAACAGAUUAGUUUAUACAAAUCAGUCUUCUGUAUAUGCCUCUGGUUGUGUGAUCUGGUCAACUCCAUAGCUAACUAUUUUGGUGUUAAUAUGGUUGUGUAGAGUGCAGGGCGUUGGAUCAAUAAGGAUAUUCACUAUUUUUUUGCUGACCUUGCAAUAAUAUGCAUAAAUAAUGUGGUUGUUUGGCAUGGUAAUAUUUCUAAUGUGUAUUAUUUCUGAGAACAAAGUUAACUGAAUUGUAUUUUGCUUGAUUCUUUUUGUGAAUGACUUUGUCAAACCAUGAAUUAUGUUUUUACAGUUUUACCAGCGUCUAACCUAUGUUUUUUGCACAGUUCCGAAUGUGUUUCGUAAUAAUUCCUUAAACAUGCUUCAACGUUACUUAACCACAAAUUACCAGUCUUAAUACUAUGUGUAACUUGAUGUGCAUUGAUUGUGAAUUAUUUAUGUGCAUUAUUUUCGGAUAAUAACGAAUUUAGCAUCACGGUUGACACGCCAAGAUAAAGUUGGUUCCAUUUGCCGUCGCGACGCGUCACGCCUCCCCGCUGACACUGCACGUGCCGUUCCGCACCCGUCGCUGCCUCAGACGGACGGAUCCGGCAGUAAUUCUGUAUUUAUUAGACCCGGACUGUCCUGGCCCGCACACGGUUUUGCCUUCCGUAGAACUUCAGCGACUGUCUGGUCCGUCGUCUUGAGCAACUCAACAAAGGCACCAGUUUUGCACAAAAUCGUGUAGCCCGAAUCGCCUGUUACUGAUCAUAGUAACAGUUAACAGUAGAAACACUUUUGUGUUCAUUAUCUUAAAUAUUUUACUUAAUAGAGUGAAUUUCAGUCGAGCACGACUAUAUCCGCUGUUCUUAAUUUUGUGGGCUUCAUACAAUUAUUCAGUGUCUUUCUAACUUUGAGUAAGUGUUUAAGUGUAACGUUUCGUCUUAGUGAUGGCGAUGAUAAACUUUGUUGCUGGUCUCAUUUUAAUUAUGCUGUGUAUAAAUGAUUAAAUUCUCCAUGAAAUAUC